CCUCGCUUGACUUCAUCCUAUCUUCUUUUAUUUUAUUUUUUUUUCCUCUCUUACAAUAUUUAUCUGCGCAUUAUAUGUCUCUCUAUGCUCCUCAUCCCGAUCGUCUCCCCCGUAGACGAACCCAACGAUAAAACAGCAGACUGAGAAUCCAGAGGUUGUCUUCUUUGAACAUGGAAGGAGGGAUUCACCCUGGAGAAGCUGAUGCCUCUGCUUUCAGAGAAUGUUUCUCUCUGACAUGGAAAAACCCUUAUGUCCUUCGCCUAGCUUUCUCUGCUGGGAUCGGGGGCCUCCUCUUCGGAUAUGACACAGGUGUCAUAUCGGGAGCUCUGCUGUACAUCAGAGAUGACUUUAAGUCUGUGGACAGACAGACUGCUCUGCAGGAGAGCAUAGUGAGCAUGGCAGUAGCUGGGGCUAUCAUCGGUGCUGCCAUCGGCGGGUGGGCGAAUGAUAAGUUCGGGAGGAGGAGCGCGAUCCUUGUAGCUGACUUCCUCUUCUUUAUCGGGGCAGUUAUAAUGGCUGCUGCGCCGAACCCGGCUCUUCUGAUUGUCGGUCGGGUCUUCGUCGGGCUUGGAGUUGGAAUGGCCUCCAUGACCUCUCCGCUCUACAUCUCCGAAGCCUCGCCUGCUAGGAUUCGGGGAGCUCUUGUGAGCACCAAUGGGUUCCUCAUCACCGGAGGGCAGUUCUUAUCUUACCUCAUCAACUUGGCCUUUACCAAGGCUCCUGGGACAUGGAGGUGGAUGCUUGGAAUAGCAGGGAUUCCAGCUCUUGUGCAGUUCAUCUUAAUGAUUCUUCUUCCCGAAUCUCCUCGCUGGCUCUUUCGCAAGGGAAGAGAGGAAGAAGCCAAGGCCAUCUUACGGAAAAUCUACCCUGAGCACGAAGUCGGGAGAGAGGUUCAGGAACUGAAGGAAUCUGUCGAGGCGGAGAUCCAGGAGAUGGGAUCUUCCGAGAAAAUCAACCUAAUGAGUCUUCUAAAGACGAAGACGGUCCGAAGAGGACUCAUUGCUGGAGUAGGCCUACAGGUCUUCCAGCAGUUUGUGGGGAUAAACACGGUCAUGUACUACAGCCCCACGAUAGUCCAACUGGCCGGUUUUGCUUCCAAUCAGACUGCGCUCCUCCUUUCCCUCGUGACAGCCGGGCUUAACGCCCUCGGAUCCAUUGUGAGCAUCUACUUCAUUGAUCGAACAGGGAGAAAGAAGCUGCUAGUAAUCAGCCUGUCGGGAGUAAUCAUCUCGUUGGGAGUUUUAUCGGCAGUUUUCCAUGAGACCGCUUCUCACUCGCCAAUUGUCAGCUCCGCUGCAACUUCCCACUUCGCAAACUACAAGUGCCCCGACUAUAGCUCGGCGAAGAAUCCCGCUUCGUGGGACUGUAUGAAGUGCCUCAAGGCCUCGUCCCCGAGUUGCGGGUUCUGUGCUUCUCCUGCUAAUAAGCUAUUUCCUGGAGCAUGUUUGAUUUCAAAUGACACAGUUAAAGACAUUUGCCAUGGAGAAGACAGGCUCUGGUACACGCGCGGUUGCCCAAGUAAGUACGGGUGGCUCGCACUUGUUGGGCUAGCUCUCUACAUCAUAUUCUUCUCCCCGGGAAUGGGAACUGUCCCAUGGAUCGUAAACUCCGAAAUCUACCCAUUGCGGUUCCGCGGAGUAUGCGGAGGAAUAGCAGCCACAGCUAACUGGAUUUCAAACCUUAUCGUGGCCCAGUCUUUCUUGACUCUGACAGAGGCAAUAGGGACUUCUUGGACAUUCCUUAUCUUCGGGGUUAUCACUGUCGUCGCUCUACUGUUUGUUUUAAUUUGUGUGCCGGAGACGAAAGGGCUUCCAAUUGAGGAGGUUGAGAAGACGUUGGAGGGUAGAGCUCUGCACUUCAAGUUCUGGGAGAAGAGGCCCAAGCCAUCGGAGAAGAACCAAACUGCAUGACCUAUAAUUCGAUUGCAAUCUCAAUUUGCGAUAAUCAAUCAAGGUGAAAAGUGAUUGUGUAGGAAAUUGAUAUUGAACUCAACUUGAACUAUGUGUCAACUACCUCGUGUAAAACAGAACCUGUAUUUAUGUAAUGGACUAUCAAUGGAACAUUUUCCCAGCA